UGGACCACAGAGCAUUCAGCGGAGAGGGAGGCAGGCGCACACAAAACCCACUUUUUACAUGCUCUACUGACAGGAAUUUCUAUCUGUUUUCACGGGAUAAUGUCUUCAAAAGUUAUCGACGUGUUUUGGUAGAAAACAGCGAGCGUAAAUUCCUGAAAGAGGUUGUUUUAACGGGACAGCGCGGAGGAGAGUUUAUUGAAACUUUGUAAACUGAGUUUACAAAGCGUUUCCACACAACUAUGGCGCUCAGAGCGAGAGCUUUAUACGACUUUAUCUCUGAAAACCCCGGCGAGAUCUCUGUGACAGAGAGUGAGCUUCUAACUUUGAGUAGUGAAGAGGUUGUCGAUGGUUGGUUGGAGGGCACGAACAGCAGAGGGGAGACGGGGCUCUUCCCCGCAUCAUACGUGGAGAUUAUAAAGACUGACACAUCACUACACGGUAACGGGACAUCCGCCAGUCAGCACUAUUACCGACAAACUAGUCCUCAGAGGAGGGACACCUCAAAUGAAUCGACUCCCACUCAUUCCGCUGUUUACCAGGGACAUCUUCAGCAACAGCGACACAGUUUUCAGACGAGCCAGGGAAGUGAUGAGGAUUGGGACGAUGACUGGGAUGACAGCGGAACGGCGGAUGAACACGGGGGAACACCUGAAAAACGCGGGAAUACUCAAACGGGAUAUCCCAUGACAAGCACCUCAGCUUCUCGACGUGGGAGUGCGCAGCAGUCCAAAAGCACAGGAACAGUUGGGAAAAAUCUCAAUAGGUUUUCCACUUUUGUAAAGUCAGGCGGUGAGGCAUUCGUUUUGGGUGAAGCUUCAGGUUUGGUCAGAGAUGGAGACAAAAUAUUUGUGGUUAUGAGCCAAUUCGGUCCUGAAUGGCAAGAGAACCCAUAUCCAUUCACUUGCACUAUCGAUGAUCCUACAAAACAGACCAAAUUUAAAGGCAUGAAGAGCUAUAUGUCCUACGGACUCACACCUAGCCAUACUCAAAUCCAGGUGAAUAGAAGAUACAAGCACUUUGACUGGCUUUAUGCACGGCUUGUAGAAAAAUUCCCUGUCAUUUCGGUUCCUCACUUGCCUGAGAAACAAGCCACGGGUCGUUUCGAAGAAGAUUUCAUUUCGAAGAGGAGAAAAGGUUUAAUAUGGUGGAUGAAUCACAUGACAAGUCAUCCUAUUUUAUCUAAGUGUGACGUUUUCCAGCAUUUUCUCACCUGCAGCAGCAAUGACGAAAAAUCUUGGAAGCAAGGCAAGCGAAAGGCCGAGAAGGACGACUUAGUCGGUGCUAACUUCUUCCUCACUAUCUGUCCUCCGGCUUUACCACUUGACUUACAAGAGGUGGAAAGCAAUGUAGAUGGUUUCAAAACGUUCACCAAAAAAAUGGACGAAAACAUCAUACAGCUCAAUGUCACUCUUAACGAAUUUGCCAGAAAGCAGAUCACUGGUUUUAAAAAGGAAUAUCAGAGAGUUGGACAGGCUUUCAGACUUCUGAGUCAGGCCUUUGAAUUCGACCAGCAAGUAUAUUCAGUGCCAUUAAACAAGGCCAUGGUACACACAGGAGACGUCUACGAGACCAUUGGGGAUUACUUUGCAGAGCAGCCCCGUCAGGAUUUGGAGCCAAUUUCCGAUCUUUUAGCGAUUUACCAGGGCCAUCUUGCAAACUUUCCAGACAUUAUCCAUGUUCAGAAAGGAGCCCUCACGAAGGCCAAGGAGAGCCAGAAACACGGGGAGGAAAAAGAUGGCAUUGCAGGUGGAGGCAUCCACGACCGCUGCAACAUCAUCUCCUGUGCUACGCUAGCUGAGAUCCAGCAUUUUCACCGCGUACGUGUACGUGACUUCAAGGCACAGAUGCAGCAUUUCUUACAGCAGCAGAUCAGCUUCUUUCAGAAAAUCACAGGCAAGUUGGAGGAAGCCUUGGACAUGUAUGACCAGGCUUAGGACGUUACCAUCCCACACUGUUGUGAGAGAACGGAAAUAAAACAAAUACGCAACCUUUUUAUUAUAGAAUCAUAAAAGUACACUUACUUUAUUGUAGUAGUGUUUGGGGUGGCUUUGAGAACAAAAAAUGAUUACAACGUGUGGCAGAAAUUGACAAUGGUCUUUAAAAUGUAGAGUACUAUAUACUCUGAUUACACAUAACUUAAUCAUAAUUGAUUUGAAUUGGAACCCUUGAAACAUUAUCACAAUUUUAAGUUUACAUUUUAAUCGGCUUUGUAGUUACAGUCGAUAUAAACAAAAUAGAUACUUAUGAGUGUGUGCCUGUACUGAUACGAUUCUGUCAGUGGACUCAUUCCAUGGACAUGUGGUGAUGGUAAUUAAAGGCAUUUGUGUCUUCUGACCUGUCCUCUGAUUCCAAUGGAUUUAAAUAGAGAUAUAAAGAUACAUUAUGCACUUGAAUGUCUUAUUGUGUCGGUCUGUUAAGUAUGAUCCUUGUCAGUCUCUGCAAGUUAUACUUUUAGUAACCUUUAUCUAAUUUGCUCUGAAGGAGAGGCCUGUGUCUGUUUUAAAUUAAGAGCUUGCAGGAGAAAGAUGAGACACAGUUUCUCAGCCCGGGAGGAAAAGUGCAAAGGAACAAUGACCUAGAAAACAUGGGCUGAACCCUCUUUAUCUAGAGGACAUUCCAGACGAGGUAGAGUGGAUCCCUCACAAUACUAGUUUACCAGCACUUUCAUUAUUCAGUUUAGACUUUUUCUCCCAUGUUACAACAUAAUUAUUUUAGUUAAAGUACAGCAAAUGAGAGCUCAGUGGAAAUAUUUUAAGAGCUGAAGACCGUUACCAGCUGUAUGAGCAAGAAAAAUUGAAGUGAAACCUUUAAAAAUGGAACUGCGGUUCUCAAACUCUGGACCACUGGUGGUCCGUGAAAGAUUCCCAGUGAUCUGCCAGUCGUUACUGGCUGGUUUACCAAAACAGACCUAAAUAUAGAAAUAUAUCGGACAAAAAGCACCAACAUUAAAUAAAUCAUCCAAUUAAUAAACUCACAACAAUUCAUUAUUAGU